CAAGUGAUUGAGGUGAGUGUCUUUGUUUUAGAAGACUCAUUGGCGAAAGCGGACGAUUUCGAGUCCUACUUUAGCAUUACACCGCUUAAUGGCGGGCAGAUUGAGGUGUACUGGAAGCCUGAGCACCUCACUGGGCACAAUGUGAAGGAGGUAAAAGUGGUGGCGGUACCACAGUCACGCCAAGGCUCCAUCAAAAUUGUGUUUGAAGAAGUGAGCUCUGGCACAAUCAUUCUGCAGCAGUUGCUGCCGGAUACACCCUACAAAGUGAGUGUGAAGGGUCUGAGAGACGACGAGGAAGUCUUCAGUUUCGAACAACAAGUGCAAACACUUCCCAGCAUCUUCAUGCAUGAUUUUGGCAACAACUCGGCCGUCGCAGCAUAG